AUGGUGAUCAUGUCGGAGUUCAGCGCGGCCCCAGCGGGCGGGAGCCAGGGUCCGCAGAAGCCCCUGCGGGUGGGCUUCUACGACAUCGAGCGGACCCUGGGCAAGGGCAACUUCGCGGUGGUGAAGCUGGCGCGGCACCGAGUCACCAAGACCCAGGUAGCAAUAAAAAUAAUCGAUAAAACACGCCUAGACUCAAGCAAUUUGGAGAAAAUAUACCGUGAGGUUCAGAUCAUGAAGCUUCUGAAUCAUCCCCAUAUCAUAAAGCUUUAUCAGGUAAUGGAAACAAAGGAUAUGCUUUACAUUGUCACCGAAUUUGCAAAGAAUGGAGAGAUGUUUGAUUAUUUGACUUCCAAUGGGCACCUGAGCGAGGAUGAAGCACGGAAGAAGUUCUGGCAGAUUCUGUCGGCCGUGGAGUACUGCCACAGCCACCACAUCGUGCACCGGGACCUCAAGACCGAGAAUCUGCUGCUGGACGGCAACAUGGACAUCAAGCUGGCAGACUUUGGAUUUGGAAACUUCUACAAGUCAGGAGAGCCUCUGUCUACCUGGUGUGGGAGCCCCCCCUACGCGGCGCCAGAAGUCUUUGAGGGGAAGGAGUACGAAGGCCCCCAGCUCGACAUCUGGAGCCUUGGCGUGGUGCUGUACGUGCUCGUCUGCGGGUCGCUCCCUUUCGAUGGGCCCAGCCUGCCGGCCCUGCGGCAGCGGGUGCUCGAGGGCCGCUUCCGGAUCCCCUUCUUCAUGUCUCAAGACUGUGAGACGCUGAUCCGCCGCAUGCUGGUGGUGGACCCUGCCAAGCGCAUCAGCAUCGCCCAGAUCCGGCAGCACCGGUGGAUGCAGGCCGACCCCACGCUGCCACACACCCGCCCCUCCAGCACGCUCAGCUACAACUCCAACCUGGGCGACUACGACGAGCAGGUGCUGGGCAUCAUGCAGACCCUCGGGGUGGACCGGCAGAGGACCGUGGAGUCACUGCAGAACAGCAGCUACAAUCACUUCGCAGCCAUUUAUUACCUCCUCCUGGAGCGGCUGAAGGAGUACCGCAGUACCCCGCCGGCAGCCCGGCCGGGCCCGGCCCGGCAGCAGAGGCCCAGGAGCUUGGAUCACAGCACUUUGGAGGUGCCUCAGGAAGUCCUCCCUGGUGAAGCGUUCCGGUCCUCGCUCCUGUGCCCACAGCCCCAGACCUUGGGGCAGUCUAUCCUGCAGGCCGAAAUGGACUGUGACCUGCACAGCUCGCUCCAGCCCUUGCUCUUCCCCGUGGACACCAACUGCAACGGCGUGUUCCGGCACCGCUCGGUCUCCCCCAGCAGCCUGCUGGACACGACCAUCAGUGAGGAGGUCAGGCAGGGCCAGGGCCUGGAGGAGGAGCCGGAGGCACAGAGACCCCUGCCCGGCAGCACGGUCCGGAGGCACACGCUGGCCGAGGUCUCCAACUUCUCCCCAAGCGUCCCUCCAUGCAUAGUCAUCUCCUCGUCGGCGAGCCCUUCAGAAGGCACCAACUCCGACAGCUGUCUGACCUUCUCGACAGGGGAGAGUCCGGCGGGGCUGAGUGGAUGCCUGGCUGCUCAGGGGCUGGUGGGCACCUGCUCCCCACUCAAACUGGCCUCACCACUGCUGGGGGCCCAGUCUGCCACCCCGGUGCUGCAGGCGCAGGGGGCUCUGGGCGGAGCUGCCCUGCUCCCCGUCAGCUUCCAGGAAGGCCGGAGGGCUUCAGACACCUCACUCACUCAAGGCCUGAAAGCCUUUCGGCAGCAGCUGCGGAAGAACGCGAGGACCAAAGGGUUUUUGGGCCUGAACAAGAUCAAGGGGCUGGCUCGCCAGGUGUGCCAGCCUUCUUCCAGCCGGGCCACUCGGGGAGGCCUGAGCGCCUUCCAGCUGCCCGCUCAGAGCCCGGGCCUGCAUGGCAGCGGGGCCAGCAGCCGGGAGGGCAGGAGCCUGCUGGAGGAGGUGCUGCACCAGCAAAGGUUGCUGCAGUUACAGCACCACCCAGCAGCCCCACCGAGUUGCCAGCAGGCUCCCCAGCUGCCCCCAGUCCCGCUGGUCCUGGCCCCCUGUGACAGUGCCCUCCUUGUGUCGGGACUCCAGAAGGAGCUGGGGCUGGGGCCUGGCCUGCUGCUGCCACCGCACCUCCUCCAGGCCGGGGUCUCUCCGGUAUCCUCGGCGGCCCACCUCUUGGACACCCAUCUGCACAUCAGCACUGCCACGGCACCCCUCCCUGCCGCCGCCGCACCCCUGCAGCCACACUUCACCAUGCUGCCCCCGGGCUUCGACCCCAUGGGGCUGCCGCAGGGGGACUGUGAGAUGGAGGACCUGACCUCAGGCCAGCUGGGCACAUUUGUCCUGGUGCAGUGA